AACAGACCGAAAAUGUGUGACUUCCACUUCUCCGCCCCGAACAAAACCGUUGUGAAGCCCAUGGAGGGGCCACUGGCGGAAUUAGGAUCCGGGCUCCACGUUUGCCAGGACGUUGUCGCCGGCGAGGUGCUGCUGUCCGCUCGCUGCGAUCCUGACAUCCUGAUCAUCCCUGACAAAGACAUGCACUCGAUCCAGAUCUCUGAGACCGAAUCCUGGAACUCGUUGAAAUCCGACUUGCGAUUCUGCCAACACGCGUACGAUCCAAACUGCGCGUUUCAUCUGCUCACGACCAGUGUGAAGAUGACACCCGGACAAGAGGCCAAAUUCGUGCGGACCAUGAUUUUAACUUCGCGGGAAGAUUUGAAGGCCGGUUCGUUGGUCACCAUCAAUUAUAACGCGUUCGAGUACCAACCGAUGUCCACGCCGUUCACCUGCACCUUCUCUAACCGCUACGUCAACGGGUUUGCCGCUGCGGAGCCGGACGAGCAGCAGUUUCUGUUGGAAUCCGGCCUAGCUUUCGACCACGUAAGGAACAUGCACGAGAAGGAGGGGACUGGUAACACCGGAGCGUCGUUUCUGAGCACGACAAAGUCGCACGCCAGUAUGAUCUCCUCCUGUUCCACCACCGUAUCGCAGGACACGCCUAGUCUGACGUGCAAGGCGUGAGCUCCCGCCAGGUGUAGGGUAGCAACGUAGAAGCCCGGACUAAUUUCUAGGCGAGGGAGUGGUGCACGAAUUGUUAAUAUCAACUUUUUUUCCAGCGCUCUGUCAAUCACUUUGAUGUGCCGGGCAUUUGAACGGCUCUCGUCCCCGGUUUGGCGCGCAAGCAUUAUCCACCAAAAUAGUGUAACAAUAGAGAAAUCCCCUGAAUUGGUUAGGUAUAGAAAGCCAAAAAAACGACAUGGUGACUCGAGAAACGGUAGCAUCACCUCAUUUUUUAUGUACUCGAGAAAACGAGCUUCAGUUCUUCCUUAUCACAAAUGGUUCGUUUUCGAGAUCGAGAACUACUUUAACUUUUUGAAUACUUUAAAGUCUAGUUUGUUGUACUUCACACUGCUCCUUGGCCAAUCAAGAAAGAUGUAAAUUCCACGUUUGGAAGGAAGGGACUGUGUUUGGCAGGCCUGUUAUCUUUUGGUUGGCAUCAUUUCCACGUUCCGAUCAGACCUGACAAGUAAGUUGUAACACGCCCAGUUUCUUUGUUGCACCAGCUUUGCGAGAGAAAAUCAACGUAAGUUAGUAAGUAACACCUAGAACACAGGGAAAACAAAGGCGCCCCUGGAAUUUCUGUGUGAAGGUUUACUCCAGGGCUUUAUGAUUUUUUCCAAGUAGUUUCACUCUUUUCCUCUCGGCAUCCAGGCUGAUUUAUCUAAGUUUCUAUGCCAUGUUGUAGAGCUGCUGCAGAAGAGCUGUUGCAACUCGAAGAUAGCAUCAACAGUCAACUCGUUUCUGUUUCGUCGUAACACUGGAUAUAGCGAUAAAUAUCAUAUUGUGACGGUCACAGGCUGCAGAUACGAAGAAAGUCAUGAAGCGAAAUAAAGGGAAAGAGUAGUGCUUCAACAACUCUCAAUGACAUCAUUCGUUUUUUUCAAGAGACACGAAGCUUGGAAACUGAAUUUUCUGUGGAUGUCGAUAGAGUCAUCACAAUAAAG